CCGGCCCCGCCCCGCGCGUCCCGCCCCCUCCCGGGCAGGUUAGCCGUCGGACUCCCGUCCUCGCCGGUCUGCGCUCCCGCCGCACGCUGUUGCGCACGCCUCGGCGCUGUAACGGACGCGCCUCCCGGUGCGCCGCCUCGGCCCCGGGAUGGGCCCCAAGCUCGCAGACUCCGUGGACGGGCUCCGCGCCGCCGGCAACCAGAGCUUCCGCAACGGCCAGUUCGCCGAGGCCACGGUGCUCUACAGCCGCGCGCUGCGGACGCUGCAGGCGCAAGGUUGUUCAAACCCCGAAGAAGAAAGUAUCCUCUUCUCUAACCGCGCAGCAUGCCACUUGAAGGAUGGCAACUGCAAGGACUGCAUCGAAGACUGCACUUCCGCGCUGGCCCUGAUUCCCUUCAGCAUGAAGCCCCUGCUGCGGCGAGCAUCGGCCUACGAGGCUCUGGAGAAGUACCCCCUGGCCUACGUGGACUACAAGACCGUGCUCCAGAUUGAUGACAGCGUGGCGUCGGCCCUGGAGGGCAUCAACAGAAUGACCAGAGCUCUCGUGGACUCCCUGGGGCCCGAGUGGCGCCUGAAGCUGCCCUCCAUCCCCUUGGUGCCUGUCACAGCUCAGAAGAGGUGGGAUUCCUUGCCUUUGGAGUACCACAAAGAGAGCGCUAAGAGCAAAUUCAGAGAAGCCACAAGUGCCAAGAGCAGAGUGUCUUCUUCUGGGGAUGUGGAGAGAGCCAGAGUUCUGAAGGAAGAAGGCAAUGAGCUUGUAAAGAAGGGAAACCAUAAGAAAGCGAUUGAGAAGUACAGUGAGAGCCUCUCCUUUAGCGACGUGGAGUCCGCCACUUACAGCAACAGAGCGCUCUGCCAUCUGGCCCUGAAGCAGUACAAGGAAGCAGUGAGGGAUUGCACCGAAGCCCUCAAGCUGGAUGGAAAGAACGUGAAGGCAUUCUACAGACGAGCACAAGCCUACAAGGCACUCAAGGACUACCAGUCCAGCUUUGAGGACGUCAGCAGCCUUCUGCAGCUCGAGCCCAGGAAUGGCCCUGCCCAGAAGCUGCAGCAGGAAGUUAACCAGAGCUUAAACUAAAGACCCAGAAGGUUAGCGGGGAAACCCCUGCCAGAGCUCCCUCCUCUGUGCCUGCUCCUGGGACCCAGAGUGCCCCCCGGGUGAGCUCCGAAGCGACUCAGAGGCGAUGGCUUCCCACCCCUUACGAGGCUUUGCUUGUUCAAAUUAAACUCAGAGUAGUAAAAAAACCAAAAAACCAAAAAACACAAAACCCCAGAUGAUGUUGUUUUGCUGGAACGGUCCCCACUCCCCCCUGCCUUAGACAGCUAGCAGAGCUCCCCACUGCUGCCCUUCUGGCUUCACCGGACCCCUCUCACUGUGGUUCAUCUGCACGAACUGAGCUGGGGGGGAGCGGGGGCGGGGGGGGGAGGGAUCAACUGGAGCCCAAAGCAGCCUGUCGAGCUGGUUCUCCAGGGCUGCCAUCCCCAGCCCGUCCGCGGCGGAGGUCCCCUGUCCGAGCUCCAGUGCCUUUGGCUGGACCCUCCCUUGGUAGGGACGCAGAAUCCUGACCCGGGGGGCCUCGUCUGUAGCGCUGUGCCGCUCCUCCCGCGGGGAGGCGCCCAGGCCGUUUGAAGGGUCCGGCGGUGGCGGUGUGGCCGCUCCUGGAGGUGGGGUGGAGAGAAAGGCCUUCUUGAAGUCCUCAUCCUGCCCUCCAGGCAGGGACUUUCUUUUGACCUCAACCGUGGCCCCCUCCAGGCUUCUUGGUUCUUUGUACUGUGAAGUUAAUUUGAACUAAACGGACUGAUUUUGUUGAACUGUGUAUUCAAGCUAUUGCAUUAAACAGCUUUCUGGUACGUAAA